CCCUUUAAACUAGCGGCUCGCGCAGUCUCGGAGUUUCCAUGACGACGACGUCAGAUGGGGGACCCGGGCGGGGUCGGGUCGGUGCGCAUGCGCGGUGCGCGCCGGACGCAGCAAGUCUUCCCGAGUCGCCCGCCCUGCUGUCGCGGGGUCCCUGAACCGCGGGCGGCCCCGGGCUCCCUCGGCUCGGCCAUGGCCCCCCCGCCGCCGUGCAGGCCCCCGACGUCGGCGCCGCGGCUGCUGCUGCUACUACUGAGCUUCGCGCUGCUGGGCGCCCAGGUCCGCCCCGAGCCCGCCGCCGGGAGCGCAGUCCCCGCGCAGAGCCGCCCGUGCGUGGACUGCCACGCGUUCGAGUUCAUGCAGCGCGCCCUGCAGGACCUGCGGAAGACGGCCUACAGCCUGGACGCGCGGACGGAGACCCUCCUGCUGCAGGCCGAGCGCCGGGCCCUGUGUGCUUGCUGGCCGGCUGGGCGCUGAGGACCCUCAGCCGGUGCUGUUCUCUCAUCAAUAAACACCUGGCCCAGCG